UGGCUUUCACCGAAGCCUUAUUACUCUUAAAAGAGCAAUUUGGUUGGUUGCACGGCUAUUAGGAUCACACAGCAGCCUGAAAGCUGUCAGUACAACUGCUUCUCAUCUUUUUUCACACAAUCCUGACAUCUUUUCUCUUUUCUGCUGGACACAGACAUUACUGUUUUUAUCAUUUUCAAUCAAGCUCACCCAGAACGCUGAGGAAUAGAUUCCCGCUGAAAGCUAAGUGGAGAUCAGAAAUGAUUUUUACAGCUCCUGGAGCAGGAGCAGUGCUGAUUGCGUGCUAAGAAGAGCUGGAUCCGUGAGAAAUGUAGCUUGGCUCAGGGCUACAUCAGGGAGCUGCUACUUCGGCUGCUAAAGAUGGCAAAACAACACUUACCUCAUAUUUUUCAAUGAUUGAUGCUCUUUCAAUAACCGGGAGGGCAGAGGAUGUGAGAAAUUUUGUGAAAUUAACUUGUGGAAAUGUUAUCAUCAGAGAAAGUGGGGAAAAUCACCAGACUUGAACUUCUCUUCGUUUUGAUGCUCUUUUUCUCUGGACCAACUCUGAGCAAGCUGACCCGGACCCCCUGGAAAGGAAAACCUUGGAAAGGGGGAUCUCGUCUUCGCCAGGAGGACUUCCCCCCACGGAUUGUGGAGCACCCUUCAGACGUCAUUGUUUCUAAGGGAGAGCCCACCACUUUGAACUGUAAGGCUGAGGGCCGACCAACACCCACUAUUGAGUGGUACAAAGAUGGUGAGCGGGUGGAGACUGACAAGGAUGAUCCCCGGUCCCAUAGGAUGCUGCUGCCCAGCGGAUCCUUGUUCUUUUUGCGCAUUGUGCACGGGCGCAGAAGUAAACCUGAUGAAGGAAGCUACGUCUGCGUUGCAAGGAACUAUCUUGGUGAAGCAGUGAGUCGAAAUGCAUCUCUGGAAGUGGCAUUGUUACGAGAUGACUUCCGGCAAAACCCCACAGAUGUUGUAGUGGCAGCUGGAGAGCCCGCCAUCCUGGAGUGCCAACCUCCUCGGGGACACCCAGAACCCACCAUCUACUGGAAAAAAGACAAAGUUCGAAUUGAUGACAAGGAAGAAAGAAUAAGUAUCCGCAGUGGAAAGCUGAUGAUCUCCAAUACCAGGAAAAGUGAUGCGGGAAUGUACACCUGUGUUGGCACCAAUAUGGUGGGGGAAAGAGACAGUGAUCCGGCAGAGCUGACUGUCUUUGAACGCCCCACAUUUCUCAGGAGGCCAAUUAACCAGGUGGUGCUGGAGGAAGAAGCUGUAGAAUUUCGUUGUCAGGUCCAGGGAGAUCCUCAACCAACUGUGCGGUGGAAAAAAGAUGAUGCAGACUUGCCAAGAGGAAGGUAUGACAUCAGAGAUGAUUAUACGCUGAGGAUUAAAAAGGCCAUGAGUGUAGAUGAAGGCACUUACAUGUGUAUUGCCGAGAAUCGGGUUGGGAAAGUGGAGGCCUCAGCCAGCCUCACAGUCCGAGCUCGCCCUGUUGCUCCUCCACAGUUUGUGGUUAGGCCAAGAGAUCAGAUUGUUGCUCAAGGUCGAACAGUGACAUUUCCCUGUGAAACUAAAGGAAACCCGCAACCAGCUGUUUUUUGGCAAAAAGAAGGCAGCCAGAACCUGCUUUUCCCAAACCAACCCCAGCAGCCCAACAGUCGAUGUUCUGUGUCGCCAACUGGGGACCUCACGAUUACCAACAUUCAGCGUUCGGACGCCGGUUACUACAUCUGCCAGGCCCUAACUGUGGCAGGAAGCAUUCUAGCGAAAGCCCAAUUGGAAGUUACAGACGUUUUGACAGAUAGACCUCCACCCAUAAUUCUACAAGGUCCAGCCAACCAAACGCUAGCAGUAGACGGGACAGCGUUAUUGAAAUGUAAAGCUACUGGUGAUCCUCUUCCUGUAAUUAGUUGGUUAAAGGAGGGAUUCACUUUCCUGGGUAGAGAUCCAAGAGCAACUAUACAAGAGCAAGGAACGUUGCAGAUUAAAAACUUACGGAUUUCUGACACUGGCACUUACACUUGUGUGGCUACAAGUUCAAGUGGGGAGACUUCCUGGAGUGCUGUACUGGAUGUGACAGAAUCUGGAGCAACAAUCAGUAAAAACUAUGAUUUAAGUGACCUGCCAGGGCCACCAUCCAAACCGCUGGUCACUGAUGUUACUAAGAACAGUGUCACUUUGUCCUGGCAACCAGGUACCCCUGGAGCCCUCCCAGCAAGUGCAUAUAUCAUUGAGGCAUUCAGCCAAUCAGUGAGCAAUAGCUGGCAGACAGUGGCAAAUCAUGUGAAGACCACCCUGUACACGGUGAAAGGACUGCGGCCCAAUACCAUCUAUUUAUUCAUGGUCAGAGCGAUCAACCCCCAAGGUCUCAGUGACCCAAGCCCUAUGUCAGAUCCUGUGCGCACACAAGAUAUCAGCCCACCAGCACAAGGAGUGGACCACAGACAAGUGCAGAAAGAACUUGGAGACGUCAUCGUCCGUCUUCAUAUGCCUGUUGUGUUGACUCCCACCACUGUUCAAGUUACAUGGACGGUUGAUCGCCAGCCCCAGUUUAUUCAAGGCUACCGCGUGAUGUAUCGUCAGACCUCAGGCCUGCAGGCUACAGCUACCUGGCAGAAUUUAGAUGCCAAAGUCCCAACUGAGCGAAAUGCUGUCUUAGUCAAUCUGAAAAAGGGGGUGACUUAUGAAAUUAAAGUCCGACCAUAUUUUAAUGAGUUCCAAGGAAUGGAUAGUGAAUCUAAAACAGUUCGUACUACUGAAGAAGCCCCAAGUGCCCCUCCACAAUCUGUCACUGUGCUGACCGUUGGAAGCCACAAUAGCACAAGUAUCAGUGUUUCCUGGGAUCCUCCUCCGCCUGAUCAUCAGAAUGGAAUUAUCCAAGAAUACAAGAUCUGGUGUCUGGGGAAUGAAACACGAUUUCAUAUCAACAAAACUGUGGAUGCCGCUAUUCGGUCUGUAAUAAUCGGCGGAUUGUUCCCAGGAAUUCAAUACCGGGUAGAGGUCGCCGCUAGUACCAGUGCAGGGGUUGGAGUAAAAAGUGAACCGCAACCAAUAAUCAUUGGGGGACGUAAUGAAGUUGUCAUUACUGAAAAUAAUAACAGUAUAACUGAGCAAAUCACUGAUGUUGUGAAGCAACCAGCCUUUAUAGCUGGUAUUGGUGGUGCCUGCUGGGUAAUUUUGAUGGGUUUUAGCAUCUGGUUGUAUUGGCGAAGAAAGAAGAGAAAGGGACUCAGUAAUUAUGCAGUUACAUUUCAAAGAGGAGAUGGAGGACUAAUGAGCAAUGGAAGCCGCCCAGGUCUUCUCAAUGCUGGUGACCCCAGUUACCCAUGGCUUGCUGACUCAUGGCCAGCCACGAGCUUGCCAGUAAACAACAGCAAUAGUGGCCCCAAUGAGAUUGGGAAUUUUGGGCGUGGAGAUGUUCUGCCACCGGUUCCAGGCCAAGGGGAUAAAACAGCAACGAUGCUCUCAGAGGGAGCCAUUUACAGCAGCAUUGACUUCACGACCAAAACCAGUUACAACAGUUCCAGCCAAAUAACACAGGCCACCCCAUAUGCCACAACACAGAUCUUGCAUUCCAAUAGCAUACACGAAUUGGCUGUCGAUCUGCCUGAUCCGCAAUGGAAAAGCUCAAUUCAACAAAAGACAGAUCUGAUGGGAUUCGGGUAUUCUCUACCUGAUCAGAACAAAGGUAACAAUGCCUUACUUUACAUCCCUGACUACCGAUUGGCUGAGGGAUUGUCUAGUAGAAUGCCACACAACCAGUCACAGGAUUUCAGCACCACCAGCUCUCACAACAGCUCAGAAAGGAGUGGCAGUCUCUCAGGUGGGAAAGGUGGAAAAAAGAAGAAAAAUAAAAAUUCCUCUAAACCGCAGAAAAACAAUGGAUCGACUUGGGCCAAUGUUCCGCUACCUCCUCCCCCAGUCCAGCCCCUUCCUGGUACAGAGCUGGAACACUAUGCAGUGGAACAGCAAGAAAACGGCUAUGACAGUGACAGCUGGUGCCCGCCAUUACCAGUACAAACAUACUUACACCAGGGCAUGGAAGAUGAACUGGAAGAAGAUGAUGACCGUGUCCCAACACCUCCUGUCCGAGGAGUGGCUUCUUCUCCCGCUAUUUCCUUUGGACAGCAGUCCACUGCAACUCUUACUCCAUCCCCACGGGAAGAGAUGCAGCCCAUGCUGCAAGCUCACCUGGAUGAGUUGACACGGGCCUAUCAGUUUGACAUAACAAAGCAAACAUGGCACAUUCAAAGCAAUAAUCAACCUCCACAGCCCCCAGUUCCACCAUUAGGUUACAUGUCCGGAGCCUUGAUUUCUGAUUUGGAAACAGACGUUCCAGAUGAUGACGCUGAUGAUGAGGAGGAUGCUUUAGAAAUCCCCAGGCCCCUGAGAGCGCUAGAGCAGACACCCGGAUCCAGUAUGGACAAUCUAGACAGCUCGGUGACAGGUUCAAUGGUAAAUGGAUGGGGCUCUGCAUCUGAUGAGGAUCGUAACUUUUCUAGUCAUAGAUCUAGUGUAGGUAGCUCCUCAGAUGGCUCCAUCUUUGCCAGCGGCAGUUUUGCACAAGCACUGGUGGCAGCAGCAGAUAAAGCUGGUUUUAGGCUGGAUGGAACCAGCCUUGCAAGAACAGGCAAAGCCUUUACCUCCUCUCAAAGACCUCGACCAACCAGCCCAUUUUCUACUGACAGUAAUACCAGUGCAGCCCUGAGUCAAAGCCAGAGGCCCAGGCCCACGAAAAAACACAAGGGAGGGCGAAUGGACCAACAGCCAGCUUUGCCUCAUCGAAGGGAAGGGAUGAUGGAUGAUCUUCCACCACCACCAGACCCCCCUCCAGGUCAGGGUUUAAGGCAGCACAUAGGCCCGAGCCAGCAUGCUGGUAACGUGGAAAGCUCAACAGAGAGAAAAGGAAGCUCUCUGGAGAGACAACAAGCAUCCAGCUUAGAAGACACAAAGAGCUCACUGGAGUGUCCAGCUAGAACGUCCCUAGAGUGGCAGCGACAAACCCAGGAAUGGAUUAACUCCACAGAACGCCAAGAAGAUAUACGGAAAGCCCUACACAAACAAGGUGUCGGACCAGAGGAGACCUUGGUGCCCUACAGCAAGCCCAGUUUCCCGUCUCCAGGAGGCCACAGCUCAUCAGGAACAGCUUCUUCUAAAGGAUCCACUGGACCCAGGAAAGCCGAGGCAUUGAGGGGGGGCCACCAGCGCAAUGCCAGCGACCUUCUUGACAUAGGAUAUAUGGGCUCAAAUAGUCAAGGACAGUUUACAGGUGAAUUAUAGUAACUGAGAGGAGACAUGCAAAGCUGCUCUGAAGGACCAUCAGGUCUGAACUCAUGGAAGUGAUGACACUAAACAGUGCAAUGAACAAUUUCUUUAUUUAUGUACUAUUGAAAGAACUGUAAAUGCAAUGUAAAGACACACAGCCACACAUAUCCCACAGAUAUUUUACUUGUGUUCUUCUCUUACGUACACCACCCACCUUAACUCUUUCUUGUCAGGAGUAUAUAAAAAAGAAAGAAAACAAAGCUCGCCCUCCAGGAAGAAAAGGAUUUUCCUCUGUAUAUAAUUUCUUUUGUGCAUUGCUAUGCAAGCUCACUCUUUUUAGCUCUGUUCAUAUUAUUGUCUGUUCUUAUUGGUCUGUUGUACUAUAUGUGAAUUAAUAGGCUGUGGUGCCAUAUAUUAACUUUUAAUUGUGUAACUUUUAUGUUUAAAUUUUGCACUGCAAUUUUAUUUGGUGAUAAGCACAAAUCUCUACUCCUCGUGACAUGAAGAAAAAGACUGAAUGUGAAGGGAGUGUCUGUACUGUAAGCUAGGUUGGGUAUUGCUGGUUGUAACGAAUCACGUUAGAAGGUUUUGGUUGGGGUGUAGAAAUAGGAAGAUGCGAAGGAACGGUGGUUGUUGGCAAAGUCUUCUUUGAACACCAGGGACUGAGUCAAUAAAAAAAAAAAAAAGGCAGAAAGGUGGCUUUUACCAUGACAAAAGCAGGGGUCAAAAGAAGGAAGUUUAAGUCUUAAGACUGAGUAGGCACUAAAAUAUACAGGUAGCAAAGAUGUACUAAACUUACUUAAAAAGAUAAAAGGUAAAUGAAAGUUAUAUUUAGAAUCAACAUCACCUGUCAUCAUAAUUGACCCAUCUGAGAAUUACAACAAGCAAAAAAAAAAAAUUAAGGUGUUUCACAAGAGCUGUAUUUAUAUUACAGUUUUUUAAAAGAGCAUUUUCUGAAUUACCAUAAUUAAUCUCUCCAACUCAUUAAGCCAGAAUAUAAUAUGAUGUUCCCCAAG